UUUCGGUGUCAAGGCCUUGGACAUUUGGCUAGUGAUUGUCCAAAUAAAAGGAUUGUCACUUUGAUUGAGCAUGAAGAGGAGGACGAAUUAGAGCAUGAAGUGGACAGCAACCUCGAGGAGAAUGAUGAGUAUGCGUGUCUUGGACCAGACGAGGGAGAAUGCUUGGUGGUUCGACGCACACUAAGCAAUAUGAUUGGCCAAGAAGGAAGUUUGCAACGUGAGGCAAUCUUUCACACUCGUUGUACCAUUGGUGGAAAGGUAUGUACCUUGAUUAUUGAUGGAGGUAGUUGCACCAAUGUAGCUUCACAAGUAAUGAUAGACAAACUGAAACUUAAAACCGUCCCUCACCCUAAACCUUAUGUGAUUCAAUGGCUAAACCAUGGUAAAGGAAUUCAAGUAACACAACAAGUCUUGUUAUCAUUUAGCAUUGGUAAAACUUAUGAGGAAGAAUUGUGGUGUGAUGUUAUACCUAUGGAUGCAUGUCAUAUUUUACUUGGUAGACCUUGGUUGUUUGAUAGACGUGAUUUUGAGGACGUUUUUCCGGAUGAAUUACCUAAAGGACUACCACCCAUACGAGGAAUUGAGCAUCAAAUUGAUCUCAUUCCCGGAGCACCCUUGCCAAAUAAACCAGCCUAUAGAUGUAACCCUUUAGAAACUAAGGAGUUACAACGACAAAUUGAAGAGCUAAUGGGUAUGGGUUAUGUGCGUGAGUCCAUGAGUCCAUGUGCCGUUCCUGCUUUGUUGGUCCCUAAGAAAGAUGGUACUUGGAGAAUGUGUAUUGAUAGUGAUGGCGUGAAGGUAGACCCUAGCAAAAUUGAAGCAAUUCAAUCAUGGCCUAGUCCGAAGACACUCACGGAAGUUCGUUCAUUUCAUGGACUUGCUUCUUUCUAUAGAAGAUUUAUCAAGAAUUUUAGCACACUCAUGGCUCCCAUAACUGAGUGUACUAAGAAGGGGACGUUUGAAUGGACUACACAAGCUCAAAAGGCCUUUGAAGAAGUCAAGGAGAAAAUGUGCAACACUCCUAUUCUCGCACUUCCUGAUUUUUCCAAGCCAUUUGAAGUUGAGUGUGACGCAAGUGGAAAAGGUAUUGGUGCCGUGUUGAUUCAAGGUGGGCGUCCUAUUGCCUACUUUAGUGAGAAGAUGAGUCAAGGCAAGUUGAAUUACUCCACCUAUGACAAAGAGUUCUAUGCUAUGGUAAGAGCUCUAGAACAUUGGUCACAUUAUUUGAGACCACAACCUUUCAUUUUGCAUUCCGAUCAUGAAUCAUUGAGGUUCAUACAUGGUCAAAAGAAGCUGAACGCAAGGCACGCAAAGUGGGUCGAAUUUUUACAAACAUUUAACUUUUCCUCUAAAUACAAGAGUGGGAAAGCUAAUGUGGUUGCGGAUGCCUUGUCUAGAAGACAUAAUGGUUUUCUUUUUAAAGGAAAUAGAUUAUGUAUUCCAAAAUGUCCCAUUAGAAGUUUGUUGAUACAUGAAGCUCAUGGGGGAGGACUAGCUGGUCACGUUGGUAUUCACAAGACAAUGGAGCUUCUCCAAGCUCACUUUUAUUGGCCGAAAAUGUUAGCCACGGUUCAUCGUGUGGUGAGUCGUUGUUCUACUUGUCAAAGAGCAAAAAUGGUGUUUCACAAAGGUCUCUACAAGCCCUUGCCAAUUCCCGAAAGACCUUGGGAAGAUGUUAGUAUGGAUUUUAUUGUAGCUUUGCCUAGAACUCAAAGAGGCAAGGAUUCAAUAAUGGUGGUGGUUGAUCGGUUCUCAAAAAUGGCUCACUUCAUUCCUUGCCAUAAAACUGAAGAUGCAAUGAAAGUGGCUAAGUUAUAUUUUGAAGAGGUGGUUCGUUUUCAUGGGGUGCCACGCACCAUUGUGUCGGAUCGUGAUACUAAGUUCCUAAGUCAUUUUUGGAAGUCUAUGUGGCGUUUGAUGGGAACCAAGUUGUUGUUUUCUACCUCACAUCAUCCACAAACUGAUGGUCAAACGGAGGUGGUGAAUAGAAUACUUGGUUCGUUGCUUAGGGCUUUGGUGAGCAAAAGUACCAAAGAUUGGGAUAAUAAGCUUGCUCAUGCCGAGUUUGCUUAUAAUAGGACACCUAGUGCUACUACAAAGUAUUCUCCUUUUGAAGUAGUCUAUGGCGUCAAUCCUUAUGUUCCCAUUGAUCUUAUUUCUUUGCCAAAAGACAAGUUCGUUCAUGUUGGGGACUUGGUGUGGAUUUACAUGAGGAAAGAACGUUUUCCUAGCAAAAGGAAGAACAAGCUUAUGCCAAGAGCCGAGGGUCCGUUUGAGGUCAUGGAAAAGAUCAAUGACAACGCAUACAAAGUUGAUUUGGGAGGCCAAUAUGGUGUCUCAAGUACAUUCAACAUUGGUGAUCUUGCUCCUUACUUUGAUGAUGACGAAUUGAGGGCAAUUCCUUUUGAAGAAGGGGAGGAUGACCAAGAUGGUCAAGGGUCACUCAUCCAUGGUCAAGAUAAGGAAGUCCAAUACGGUGCUAGUGAGCAAGGUACUGAGGGAAUCUUUUUGUCCAAAUCAUUCUUCAAUCCAAUGCACGGUUUUAGUCCAAAGAGUUUAACAAAUGGUUACACUUCUCUUAGUGUAACUAAUCUUGUUGAAGGCAUCUAGUUAAUGUGUCGUUUUUCCAAGCUUGAAGCCACGCAUGAUUGAUGCAUUUGAGAGUUACAUUGGACUGAUUAUGAAGGCGUGAUUCAAGGCUUGUGUUGGGCGUGAAUUAAGGCAUUGGUUGGCUGAUUAUUCUACCUCUUUAC